AUGGCGCACUUUAGGAACACUCCUGCGCAAACGGUCCUCUUGUCCACUCUUCUCAUGGUUCUCUCCAUUGCCUCCGCUACCGAUGAACUCGUCGGCUGUGGCACCCUCGAGUGCGACUGCCAGGUUGAAAACCGCACCGUGAGCGCCCUCGGCCAAGCGUCCUUCAACUCGUCCUAUAUCAAAAACGGCACAGAGCCCCUGACCUGGACCCUCGGUCUCCAAGAGACCCAGGAUCCCGACAAGUCGUCUAUCGACCUCAUAGACCAAUCCUUCUAUCUCGGCCUGCCACAGAACGUCAACCUCAGCAACACCACCGCGUUCGGCGCAUGUGCUCUGUUCUUCACAGACAUGACUACCAUCCUCAGGUUCCAGUUCGUAGACCCAGAGCAUGGAACCUGCCCGGAUAUAAUGGGUGCAAACUGCGUUCGAGAUUUGAUAUCCCUAGCUAAGCAGGAGGCGAGCCCGGACGGCCCGUUGUCGAAGGACCGCACCCUCGAUACCGAGGGGUUCUGUCGCGAGCUCGCUGUAGCGCUGCGGACCCGAAGCCCAAAGUCAUGUCCGCUAUGGCAGGGGCACACGCAGGAGGGUAUCCAUGUGGAUGCCCUGACCGGCCCGUCCGCCUCUCUGCCUAUCGCAGACUUGCGCUCCUGCCGUCCCACCACCGGGAAGGACUACAGCGUCUCCUUGGUAGAGAGCUAUCGGUCGGCCGUCCGGUACGAACAACCGGAUUUGAACGACACCUUGCAUGGAGUGACCCCUGUGGUGACGGUGUUUUACCCCAACUCGUCGUCGUCCCAGCAAGCCAUGCCGGUUGAGGUCCACUUGUCGUGCUUGACAGUAGUGGGAAAGAAUUAUUUAAGUACGUCGGCAAACUCGGCCGAGGGGACUGGCGUUCAGGCAGUGCAUUUGUGGAGUGCUGUCGGACUGGGGGUGAUGUCUGCGAUGUUCUUAUGGUUUUAG